AAAAUCCCCAUAACAUUCAGCUGAAAGUAUACGCGUAUAUCCGUGAUUAUAGCAGUCAAUGGGUUACACUGAUAAAGUAUGCAUUGUGAGAGGACAUGGGUUGGAUAGGUGAUAACAGGCAUGAAGUAUGGACUUUGGAAUUUACUCGCAUGAACUCUAAAGUACACUAGUUAUACUAUUUAGUGUGUAAAAUUUAAAACCGUGAUAUUUUUUCAUUAGUGUUAGAAUGCAGUAUCUUCGUGAAGUACCGGGAUUGUCAAAUCCAGUGGGCGUGGCUAUCGGGACUGCCGCUACGCUCUCGGCUGCUGCAGCCACAUAUUAUUUAACGUCUAAACCAGCACCAUGGGAGACAGGAGUGGACAUGAACAACCAAUCAAUAAAACUUCCAGAUGGCUCAAGAACAAGUGUUCAUGUACCUGAUGGGAAGUCUUUCAUUGACUACAUUUAUGAGGAUGCUAGGACGACACACGAAUCUUUCAAGAGAGGCCUCAAAAUUUCAAAAAAUGGACCGUGCCUUGGAACAAGAAAUGGACCAAACAGGGAAUACACGUGGCUGACAUACAGUGAGGUAUACGAAAUGGCGAAGGAAUUUGGAUCCGGCUUGUUGGAUGAAGGGCUAAAACCAAACCCGGAAACUAUUGUUGGCAUAUAUAGUAUAAACAGAGCGGAGUGGACAGUAACGGAGCAAGCGUGCAGCAUGUUUUCAAUAGUCACGUGCGCGCUGUAUGAUACACUUGGUCCAGACACGUGCGCAUUUAUAAUUAACCAGACCGGAAUGUCUUUAGUGGUGUGCGACACAUCAGAUAAAGCCCAGUUACUACUUGAUAAAGCAGAAUGUUUGAACACACUAAAAACUAUAGUCGUGAUGGACAAAAUCAGUGAAAACAACAUAGCUGCUGCCAAGAAACAUGGCAUCAAACUCAUUUCUUUUAGAACAGUAAUGGAAAAUGGAAAAGAAAAUCCAAAAGAACUUGUGCCUCCCUCGCCAGAUGAUCUUUGCCUAAUAUGCUAUACCAGUGGAACAACAGGUGACCCAAAAGGAGCGAUGCUUACACACAGAAGUGUAAUUGCAAAUCUGGCAUCCAUUUGUUUUUAUGUUGAGAAAUCAGGAGCUAAAAUAACUUCAGGAGAUAGCAGUUUGUCGUACCUUCCUCUCGCACAUGUCUUUGAACGUGGACUUCAAGUAGUUUUCUUCAUGAAUGGCGCCAAAGUCGGAUUUUCAUCAGGUGAUGUAAAGCUUCUAACAGAUGAUCUACAGGCAUUAAAACCGACAAUAUUUCCUACAGUGCCGCGGUUACUGAACAGAAUGUAUGACAAGGUGAUGAUCGGUGUGAAAGGAAGUGCUUUAAAGUCAACGCUAUUUCAGAUGGCAUUAAGCGCCAAGGAAAGUGACUUAAAAAGGAGAAUUAUACGACGCGACAGUAUAUGGGACUACCUUGUUUUCAAGAAGAUUCAAGACCUACUUGGAGGGAAAGUGCGACUUGUGUUUACAGCAUCGGCCCCGCUGGAACAGAAAGUUCUAAACUUUACCCGCUGUGCAUUUGGAUGUGUGGUGGUCGAGGGUUACGGACAAACUGAAAACACAGCGGGAAUAGCUUUCAAUAUUCCAGGAGAAACGGAAGCAGGUCAUGUUGGUCCACCGUUGCCAUGUAACAUAGUGAAAUUGAUAGAUGUGCCAGAGAUGGACUACUAUUCAAAAAAUGACCAGGGAGAGAUUGUAUGUAAAGGACCAAGUGUAUUUAGUGGAUAUUUCAAAAACGAGGAAAAGACUAAAGAAGCAUUGGAUGAAGACGGUUGGCUACAUACAGGAGAUAUAGGACAAUGGUUACCGAAAGGAGUCCUGAAGAUCAUCGACAGGAAAAAGAACAUUUUCAAACUGUCUCAAGGUGAAUAUGUGGCAGCUGAGAAGAUUGAAAAUACCUACAUGAGAAGUCAAUAUGUGGCUCAAGCAUUUAUCGAGGGCGAUAGUUUACAGCCAUAUUUAAUGGGUGUAAUGGUACCUGAUGAGGAGGUGAUGACACAAUGGGCAAAAGAAAACGAAGUCACCGGUAGUUUCUCGGAAGUCUGCGAUAGAAAGGAUGUCAAAGACAUGAUUUUAGCAGAUAUCAACAAGAUAGGGAAGGCUGCUGGUUUGAAAGGAUUUGAAAUGGUUAAAGACAUAAUAAUACACCCAGAAUUAUUUAGCGUCGAAAAUGGACUUCUUACACCAACUUUCAAGAACAAAAGACCUCAACUCAGAAAAUUCUUUAAAACGCAGGUCCAAGAACUAUAUGCUAAACAUAAUCCUAAAUGAAGCAGUCGAGCUGACCCAUUUUCAUUGUAUAUUUAAAAGGCUGUCUACAAUAACAUGCAAGUACCGAGAGGUGGAUUGCAGUGCUUAUGAUAUUGAUAUGCUAUGUGUUUAAACAUACUGCAAAAUGUAGUAAUGCACUAAUAAAGUGGCAGUUCAAAACAUCGCGCAACUUAAGGUGGUUGAAAACCAUAUCAAAGAAACUAAUUAGUUUACCGAUAGCGUUUCCAUUUUCAUGUGCAAUAUGUGGAUUUCAUCAAAGAAAUCAUUAUUAAUAAUGUUUUCUACUACCUAAUGCGAAUCAACUAUAUAACAGCAUAGGAAGAACGUUCGGUUCCGUUUACCAGUGAUUAAAAAAUACACAAAAUAUCAAAGCGUUCAAACAACAUUUUAUUUCAGUUUCAAAAUAUAUGCAAUAUAUCAAUUAAAAAUUUACCAGGCAGUGUUAAAAUUUCAACAUUAUUGAAAUGUAUAAUGUAAAUAUGUAAUAAACAGUUAACAAUAAAGAACAAAUAAAUAUAAA